GAUACCUUGUCAGAGAGUGAUUUUGACGAAAAUGAAGAGCUUUCUGAUAAUUUGUAUCUUCCUGAUAGCGACGGCCACAGUGUCUGGACACGGCGGCCGCAUCGUGAACGGCAAACCGGCGGCGGACCACGAGUUCCCGGCGCUGGCGUCUCUGCACGUGAACGGCAGCCACUACUGCGGCGCCAACGUGCUCUCCGAGUACUGGCUGGUCACCGCCGCGCACUGCGUCGCCACUAGCGUACCGUCUCAGCAGUACAUACUAGCUGGCACAAACUCACAGACCAGUGGAGGGUCCAUCCACCAAGUGGAGCAGAACAUUGUACAUGUGAACUAUACUGGUCUAGUGGGCUCAUCUGCAGAUAUAGCAUUGCUGAGGGUGUCUUCUCCGUUACCUGUGGAUGGAGUAACCAUCUCUACUGUGACACUGCCAGUGCAGGGCCAGGAGGUGGAGGAUGGGGCGAAUGCAGUCGCCGCUGGAUGGGGCAAACUGUCGUAUGAAUAUGGGAACGAUACGCUGGCGCCAUGGCUUCAGAAAACAAACUUAACCAUCGUCAACAACACGGAAUGUCAGAAAGAAUACAAAUUUGAUAAAAUCCUACCAGAGCACAUUUGCGCAGCUGACCGGUAUUCCGGGAUUUGUGGGGGUGAUUCUGGGGGACCUCUAUACGUGAACGAGCAGCUUGUGGGCCUGGUUUCGUUCAGUCGCUACUGUUUUCAAUCGCCGAGCGUCUACACCAGGGUCCCCGUGUUUGUCGACUGGAUCAAAGAAAACUCGCAAUAGUUGAUCGCUUUCGACAAUUAAAUGAAGCAGAAAUAUAGGCGACGUGAAGAGUGUUUCAUUUAUAUCGUUUUUCAUUGAAUGUCUUAAUAAUUAACAGCUUCUUUACA